CAAGAACAACUGCAGGCCUUGGCCUUCGAUGAAUACCUCCGGCAAGUUUUUUGCGGUGGUUUUGCCCUAUCCGACCCGAGAAGCAUAGUUGUCAAGGUACUUGUGUUUAUUUUCAUGCUAGACGCACUCCAACGCGGUGCUAAAUGUGGGGCCCCCUAGGAGAAGAGACCGGGGAGCAGGGCAGGCCUCUCCUUGUUGGAAGAGAAUGAAAGAUCGGGCUUUCGGGCUGGCGACGCGCCGCCCAUUCUGCCGGUGGCGAUUACGUUCCGCCUGAAGCGCGGGCGGGGUCAGUGGCUGCGGUGAUGAAUUUAAGACCUGGCCCACGGGGGCGCAGCGCCUGAGGCGACCGUUUUGACGCACACGUGCCGGCAACGUAUUGCCGGCCGCCGUGUGGAGUGGUCGCGACGCCCCACCCUUCGAGGAGUGCCGGGCGGGGUCCUUCGGCGGCUGGGCGCUGGAAUAAGUUCCGCAGUGAUGAAAUCACUUCUGAGGGCGCCGCCGCUUUGGGUCACGGCCUGCGCCAAGCGAUCGCCCGUGCGCGACAGUGAGGGACCACCCUAAGCAAGGCUGGGCGCCACCCGUAUGAAGUGACGGGCAUGAACGGACUCGGAGCAGGGGCGAGCGCCGGCGACUGUCUGCCGGCCCAGGCGUCUCACCCCAGGCGCCUUAUCCGCGCCGCCCCAUUAGUUGGGGACCUCUCGUCUCUAGUUUUCUCAUGCAAAUCCGGCGCACCGCGCCCCAUCUGACAACCGGAAAACCCAGAAAAGCCACCACCGCCGGAGACUUGUUGCAGUCUGCUGCGUGCUUCGGGGUGGUCUCCUGCACUUGGAGACUGAUGAUCGGCCGCGGCAGUGAAAAUCCCUCCCCCGUUAGGGGCAGGCUUCUACUUCUAGCGCAGGCGUUGCAGCAGCCAGAACACCAGCAAACGCGGAGGACACUGAGCGAGGGACAGUGGGGGCACAUACCACGCGCGGGCUGUCCUUUGGCAAUAGACGGGGCGCGUUUGCUUCUGGAGCUUCUAGGGCAGAAGCGGCACGGGAAAAGCUUGCGGAGGUGCACGCGGCUUGCAGCGAACAGCCAGAACAAUCCAGCGCGGCUCUUCUUUUCAUUGUCAGACCAGACGCACGGCGCCGGCGGGCGGGAAGCUGUUGAGCGGUGAGCCUGCUCUCCCUUCUGGUCUCGUCCUAUAUAUAGAUACUAACUUAUAUAGUCAUAGAAGAACCCCGACAGGCCUACUUUAAUUAGGCUUUGAAUUGCAUGCAGCCCUCCGCAUCACUCAGCUACCCCAUGCUUACAAGAAUCAACUCAAUCAUCCACCCAGAUGUGCGCCACCUCGCUUGUGGAUGAUUUCGCAGUGGGCGAGCUGAUGGAGGUGCUUCGGAUAGAGGAGGAGUGGUAUGUCGGG